AUUGAGAUCACGAUGAUCUGACGGUGGUGAUUCGGUGUGGGACCAGCGUAAGGCGGGCCCGCUACAAUAUAAUCCACCGACCCUAGUUGUAUAGCAGCAACCCAGACCCAAACCCCAACCCCAACCCCAACCCCAACCCCCAAAUCGCUAAUACCCACUCCUUCUCUGUGUUUAUGCUCCGAUCGAAUCCCCCAAUUCCAUUGCCAGGACGCGUCCUUCCGUUUGAAAAUAUUCCAAUUCGUCGCUUCAGAAAUCGGGAAAUGGAAGCUUCGAAUCUCCAAUGAAAAGGCAGCUGCCGAGCUGAUUGAUCGUCACCGCCAAAAUUUAGCCCGCCACGUGAGCCUGUUGCUGGCCACAAUGCAUGCGGUUUCCGCCGCCGGAAGUGGCUGAACCGGUUCAAUUCCAGCUUCAAUCUACUUGCUCCUGCUUUCCGUCUGCUGUUUUGCUACAAAACCCUAGGCGACUCUGUGGACCGAUAUGCGAAGAUACUGAUGAAUAGAGAAGAGCUUGGAAAUAUUAUGACUGUGAGGGCAAAGCCAAUAAAUGCAUUGGUUGUGAGAAAUGGACGCAGAGAGGAAGAAGGAGAGUCAAAGCUUGAACCACAGGUGGGGUUAGAGUUUGAUUCCGCAGAAGAUGCCCAGGAGUUUUAUAAUUUGUAUGCAACACAAGCAGGAUUCAGAAUUAGGAUUGGGCAGUUGUACCGGUCCAGAGUUGAUGGAUCUGUUAUCUCUCGGAGAUUUGUGUGUUCAAAGGAAGGUUUCCAGACCAAUUCUAGAACAGGAUGUCCAGCCUUCAUAAGGGUACAAAAAAAUGAUUCUGGGAAGUGGGUUCUGGCAAAUGUCAAGAAAGAGCACAAUCAUGAUCUUGGACUUCCAGGGGAAAUACGUCCACCCCAUAUACAAAGGAAAGCCAUUCCUGCUCCAAGAUCAUCAGUUACUGUAUCCUGUAGGACAGGAAUAAGGUCACUUGAGGAGGAAGAUGGACACCCAAGCCCAUCAGGUGUCCUUGAUGUCAAACGCCUCAAAAGGGAAGAAGCAGAAGGAGUAAUCAGAAUUGAACCAUACAAAGGUCUGGAGUUCAGUUCUGCUAAUGAAGCAUACAAAUUUUACUAUGCGUAUGCAGUUAGUACUGGCUUCAAAGUUCGGAUUGGCCAGUUGUUUCGUUCAAAACAUGAUGGCUCCAUUACAUCUAGGAGAUUUGUGUGCUCAAAGGAAGGGCAUCAGCACCCUUCGAGAGUAGGUUGUGGUGCAUUUAUGAGGAUUCAGAAACAAGAAUCAGGAAGGUGGGUGGUUGAUCGUCUUCAAAAAGAACACAAUCAUGAUCUUGAUUUUCCAAUUGAUGCUAGUCGACUGGUAGCUGCUGCACCAAAAGCAUUUAGAGAAGAACUAAAUAGUGGGUUAGAGAAUUUAGAUUUAGCGGAAACGAAUGGUGGUCUAAACCUUGCCAGAGGAGUCCGACAAAGCAUUAUUGGAAGUGAUUGGUAUCCUGUUCUACUUGAGUAUUUUCAGUCUCGUCAAGCAGAGGAUACUGGUUUCUUUUAUGCAAUAGAAGUUGAUGAUGGCAAAUGCAUGAGCAUUUUCUGGGCUGAUGGCAGGUCUAGAUUUUCAUGCUGCCAAUUUGGGGAUGCAAUUGUCUUUGACACAACAUACAGGGCCAGUAAUUAUUUGGUUCCAUUUGCUUCAUUCAUUGGAAUCAACCACCAUAGGCAACCAGUGCUUCUUGGGUGUGCUUUGAUUGCUGAUGAAACUGAGGAAUCUUUUACUUGGGUGUUUCAAACAUGGCUCAAGGCAAUGUCGGGGCGCCAUCCUUUGUCAAUAGUUGCUGAUCAAGAUAAGGCUAUCCAACAUUCAAUAGCACAGGUUUUCCCAGGUACACAUCAUCGUUUUUCUGCAUGGCAAAUUAAGGCCAAGGAACAGCAACAUUUGGGAGCACUGCUUUCCAUAAAUUCAGAGUUCAAAUAUGAAUAUGAAUCCUGCAUUUGUCAGAGUCAGACACCUAGUGAAUUUGAUUCUGCAUGGAAUGUACUCAUAAACAAGUAUGACUUGAAAGAGAGUGCUUGGUUGAAAGAAAUGUACAAGACACGCAAAAGUUGGGCUCCAUUGCAUAUACGGGGCACGUUCUUUGCAGGUAUCCCUGUGGAUGGUAGCAUGAAGUCCUUUUUUGGUACAUUUUUGAAUGCCCAAACUCCCCUUGAUGAAUUUGUUCUACGUUAUGACAAAGCCCUUGAACAACGCCGUGAGGAGGAAGGAAAGGAGGAUUUCAACUCAUUUAACUUGCAAGCUGUUUUGCACACAAAAGAUCCCAUAGAAGAACAGGGUAGAAGGCUUUAUACAAUGACAAUGUUCAAAGCAUUCCAGAAAGAGCUUUUGGAAUGCUAUAGUUAUGUUGGUAUAAAGAUUAAUGUGGAAGGUGCUAUUAGUAGAUAUUUGGUGCAGAAGUGCGGGAAUGUGGAUGAAAGGAAUACUGUUGCCUUCAAUGCAUCAAAUCUUAAUGUUAGUUGUAGUUGUAAAAUGUUUGAAUUUGAAGGUGUGCUGUGUAGACAUGCUCUGAAAGUCUUUCAGAUAAUGAACAUAAGGGAACUUCCAUCUCGCUACAUAUUACAUAGGUGGACGAAAAAUGCAAAGUGUGGUAGUCUAAGGGAUGUUGAUUCAGGAGGUGGCUCUCAAGAUUUUCGUGCCUUGAUGGUUUGGAGUUUAAGAGAAGAAGCCCGCAGCUAUAUUGAGGCAGGGGCAACAUCUCUAGAAAGAUUCAAACUUGCUUUUGACAUUAUGCAAGAGGGUAGAAGAAAUAUUUGUUGGCAAAACUGAGAAGUAUGCUGGACAAAGGUAACUGAAGAUAGCAGUGGAGACUGCUCCAGGUGUAAUGUUCUAGACUGUCGAUGGGGAAUGGGGGAUGGGGGACUGCGACACUGCUCCUUUUGAAGGCCAAAAGCCUGUAUUGAGAGAAACAGCUUCCUUCUGGCAUUUUCUAGGUCUUUUUUUGUUUUUUUCCUUGUUUAGAAGAUUGUCUGGAAUUCUCUCUUCUGUUCAGUGGUUGUUUUUCUGUAUUUUCAAGUAUAUGAAAUGAACAAGAAGUUGAUGUUAAUAUUGGGCACCAGUUCUAUUAGAUCA